AUGAAGGAGGAACCGGAUAUAACAAUUAAUACAUUGGCAAUCACCGAAGUUGGUAAAAAACAACAUGUAGUGAAACAUUAUAAUUGGGAAAGUUGGCCUGAAAGGGGCUUUCCGGAUCCGUCGCUCACUAUUUUCAAUUUGAUAUGCGCAAUUCGAAAUUCGAAGAAGCCGAUUGUUGUACAUUGUUCUGAUGGUGUUGGUCGAAGUGGCGUAUUUGUUGCUAUCGAGUACAUACUGCAAAAACUGGUACGAGGUGAGAAUUGCGCUGAUCUCGUAGAAGUGAUAAAGGAAAUUCGAAAUCAGCGCGCUAUGGCUAUAACUACUUCUCCUAAAUACAUUCUGCUCAAUCGCUUGUUGCUUCAAUUCCUUCAAGAACUUAAUCUUGUUGACAUGUCACAGCGUUUACUUGAAUUUAUCGAUGAUUACGAUGCAUACGCACGAAAACAUAAAGUAUAA